AUGACUGUCAGCAGCUCUUGGCAGGUUCUCUUCACCACCGAACAGAGAGAACGAAUACAGGUGGAAGCUCGGAAGUCUGUCCUGGGAGAGGACAGACAGCCGACUCAAAACCCAGAUCUCAUAAACGCUGCCUUCCCCUUAUCCCUCCCUACCUGGGACUACAACUCGCUGAAGGGGAGUCGGGGUUUGGUACCCCUCCCCGAGCCCAGGGUAACUCUCAGAGUGGAGGGGCAACCAGUUGAAUUUCUAGUGGACACUGGGGCACAACAUUCGGUCUUACUACAACCCCAGGAGAAAUUGGCAAGCAAGACCUCAUGGGUGCAAGGGGCCACGGGGACCAAACAGUACUCAUGGACUACCCGAAGAACUGUGGACCUAGGCAUGGGCCGGGUAUCCCACUCCUUCAUGGUCAUCCCUGAAUGUCCCUGCCCGUUGUUAGGUCGGGACUUGCUCACCAAGAUGGGGGCACAAAUUUGCUUCCACCCCGGAGGGGCAAAAAUCCUAGACAAAGAAGGGCAACUGAUUCAGGUGCUUGUCCUGAGUUUGGAAGACGAAUAUUGUCUCCACCAGACGCCCCCAGUCCAAUUAACUGACAUUGACUGUUGGCUACAGGAAUUUCCUCAGGCAUGGGCAGAAACUGGGGGAAUUGGGCUGGCCCGACACCAACCGGCUAUAUACAUAGAACUAAAACCGGGGGCAGACCCUGUCAGGGUCUGCCAAUACCCCAUGCCUCUCGUGGCGCGAACGGGAAUCACGCCCCACAUACGGCGACUACUAGACUCAGGCAUAUUAAGGCUCUGCCAAUCGGUAUGGAACACUCCCUUGCUGCCGGUGCGAAAACCGCACUCUAACGAUUACAGGCCAGUCCAGGACUUAAGGGAAGUCAACCGGCGAGUAAUGGAUGUGCACCCCACGGUCCCAAACCCAUACACCCUCCUCUCCACCUUGCCUCCAGAGAAAAAUUGGUAUACGGUAUUAGAUUUAAAAGAUGCCUUUUUCAGCCUGCCUUUAGCACCCAAGAGCCAAGACCUUUCUGCUUUUGAAUGGACGGACCCCGAGAAAGGCAUCAAUGGCCAACUCACCUGGACUCGACUACCACAAGGAUUCAAAAACUUACCAACCAUCUUUGAUGAGGCCUUACACGAAGACUUGGGUGAGUUCCGUUCUGAGCACCCUCAUUUGACCUUAUUGCAAUAUGUAGAUGAUAUCCUGCUGGCGGUGGAGGACCAGGACACUUGCCUGUUGAGGCACCAAGGACUUACUCCAGACUGUAGCAGCUCUAGGAUACCAGGCCUCAGCCAAAAAGGCCCAAAUCUGCAGAGCAGAGGUGAGCUACCUGGGGUACAAAUUAAAGGAUGGACAAAGAUGGUUGACAGAUACGCAGAAGGAAACCGUCCUAAGGAUCCCACAGCUGCAAACCGUCCGUCAGGUACGUGAAUUCCUGGGGUCGGCAGGGUUCUGUCGACUAUGGAUUCUGGGUUUUGCCGAGAUGGCCAGAUCCCUCUAUGACACUACCAGGCACCAACAAAAUUUUGGAUGGACAGAGGCCAUGAACAAGGCCUUUAAUGACCUUAAACAGGCCUUGCUGUCUGCCUCGGCUCUCGGGUUGCCUGACCUAACCAAGCCCUUCUACCCGUAUGUAGACAAGAAAGACAGGGUGGCAAAAGGGGUCCUUGCCCAGUACAUAGGUCCCUGGAAAAGACCCAUAGCUUAUCUCUCUAAAAAGCUGGACACGGUGGCCACUGGAUGGCCCCCAUGCUUAAAAAUUAUUGCUGCGGUGGCCACUAUGGUCAAGGACGCAGACAAGAUAGCCAUGGGGCAAAAACUAUAUGCUACUACCCCACAUGCUAUUGAAGGGGUACUCAAACAGCCCCCAGACCGCUGGAUCAGCAAUGCUCGUCUGAUCCAUUAUCAGAGCCUACUGCUAAACCCCACCAGAAUUUUAUUCAAGCCACCUACAACCCUGAAUCCGGCAACACUACUCCCUAACUCAGACUGGGACCCCCCUCUGCAUAACUGUCAAGAGAUUUUGGCACAGGUGCACGGAGUCAGGGCUGAUCUCCAGGACCAGCCACUGCCGAACGUGGACGCCACCUGGUAUAUGGACGGCAGCAGUUUUGUCCGAGAAGGAAUCAGAUACGCGGGGGCAGCCAUAACCACAGAGAUGGAGAUCAUCUGGGCAGAGCCAUUGGCAGCCGGAACAUCGGCUCAACGGGCAGAACUGAUCGCCCUGGCCGAGGCACUAACCAUGGGAGAAGGUAAACGAAUAAACAUUUACACUGACAGCAGGUACGCCUUUGCCACCGCUCAUAUCCACGGAGCCCUUUACAGAGAGAGAGGGCUUCUGACAGCAGAGGCAAAGACUAUUAAAAACAAAACAGAGAUUCUUGAACUCCUAAGGGCCCUCUGGCUGCCCAAGGCACUAGCUAUCAUCCAUUGUCCAGGACACCAAAAAGCAGACACACCACUAGCCAGGGGAAACCGGCUAGCUGACUCAAAAGCAAAGGAGGCAGCCCUUUUGGUGACUCAGGUUUUAACAACCAUGCUACCCGAUCCAGGGGCACCGACCCUGCCGGACACCCCCAACUAUACUGGCACUGACUUACAAUGGAUUAAACGCUUGCCUAUGACCCAAUGCUUGCAUGGCUGGUGGAGGGCCGCAGACUCCAGCAUCAUCCUGCCAGAGGAACUAGGAUGACAAGUCCUAUCCAAAAUGCAUCGGAGUACUCCUACGGGAACGAGAAAGAUGGAAGACCUCAUAUGACAUGCUAAGAUCAUUAUUAAAGACUCUCGAGCAAAGAUCAAGCAGAUUGUGGCAAGCUGUCAUGCAUGCCAGCUAACCAACGCCACCACCCAUGGGUCUAACCCCAGAACCCAACUCAGGGGAGACCGCCCAGGAACAUACUGGGAAGUAGAUUUCACUGAGGUAAGGCCUGGAAAGUAUGGGUACAAGGACUUGCUAGUUUUCGUAGAUACCUUUUCAGGGUGGACAGAGGCAUUCCCCACCAAGCACAAAACAGCGCAAACCGUGACCAAAAAGCUGCUGGAGGACAUUCUGCCAAGGUAUGGAUUUCCUGCCAGGAUCGGAUCCGACAAUGGACUGGGGUUCAUUUCUAAGGUAACACAGGGAGUAGCACAAAUACUGGGGGCAGAUUGGAAAUUACAUUGUGCUCACAGACCCCAGAGCUCAGGUCAGGUAGAGAGGAUGAAUAGGACAUUAAAAGAGACCUUAACUAAAUUAGCCUUGGAGACUGGCGGGGACUGGGUCACUCUCCUCCCCUUUGCCCUAUAUAGGGUGAGAAACUCACCAUAUAAAAUGGGACUGACUCCCUACGAAAUCAUGUUUGGUAUACCUCCACCUAUCAUUUCUGCCUUGAAACCUAAAGUGCUUGCUGAGUUCAAUGACCAACAAUUUCUUUUCUCCCUCCAAAUGUUACAAAGAGCCCAUGAGCGGGUGUGGCCUAAGCUGAGGGCCCUCUACAAGACCGGGCCGCCUCCUGACUCCCAUCAGUAUCGACCAGGCAAUUGGGUGUACGUGCACAGGCACCAACAGCAGACGCUCCAACCUUGCUGGAAAAGACCCUACAUUGUGAUCCUGACCACGCCCACCGCUCUCAAGGUCAACGGAAUAACUCCCUGGGUCCACUACAUCCACGUCCGGCCAGCUGAUCCACACGCAGUCCUCAAGGACUUUGUUCCGGAAUGGAAGAGUCAGCCCGACAAGGACAAUCCCUUAAAGCUAAGGCUGCGUCGCUCCCACUUACCCCACUAAUAUUACUUGCGCUGUAUCCCCUCGCGGCUAAACCCAACCCCAAACCACUUAAUCUAACCUGGCAAAUCAUCACCCCAAGCUCUAAUCAGGUAGUAACCCAGCUGUCCGAGCUUCACCCUAGAGGGACCUGGUGGCCUAAUCUGACUAUUGACUUGUGUGAACUAUUCAGUCAGGACCCCUGGCACCAAGGCAGAAUAGGAAUACCAGGAUGUGGCACCGAGAGGGCCAAGAUGGCCCUCCAAGAUACCUGUUUUUAUGUGUGUCCGGCCCCCUCUCAGUCUGACCAUAAUAAGGCCUCCAAAUGCGGUGGCUGGACAGACUACUUCUGCAAAACAUGGGGUUGCGAACAAACUGGGACAUGCAAUUGGCUGUCACAAAACCCAUCCGGCCUCAUAAAAAUGCAACUGAAUACUACGCACCCCUCAUGCUCGGAACGCCCUUACUGUAAUCCAGUCACCAUUUCCUUCACGGAGACCGGGAAACAAGAAACAAAUUGGGGGGUAGGACUUCUGUGGGGACUCCGGCUUCACCAAAGCGGGUAUGAUAACGGAGUCCUAUUCAUGAUCAGACAACUAGAGAAACCGAAAGGUCAAGGGAAACCCUUGGGAUAGGCCCCAACACUGUGCUAGUACCUCCUCAACCUCAGGCAACACCUGCAGCACACCCUCUGAAUCUUGCCCACAACACCUCCAGUGGUGGCACCCCAGUCCCGACUCUCCUCUCCCCUCUCCUCCCCCUCGACCCUUCUCAGCACCCUCUUUGGGCCCUGAAGUCCAAGGCUUACAAAUUCCUCAACGCAACUAAGCCCAAUCUUACCCAAUCCUGCUGGCUGUGCUAUGACGUCCGCCCCCCCUUCUAUGAGGGUAUCACAAUAAUGGGUCAAUAUAACACAACCACGGACCCUAAUGCUUGCAGGUGGAACCCAAAGCCUGGUAGUAAAGGCCUCACCUUGCAGUCCAUGUUCGGCCAGGGACUCUGUAUAGGCACUCCACACCACCACCAGGCUCUGUGCAACAUUACACAGCCUACAAAUAAUACAGGGUAUUAUCUACCGCCCCAAGACAGUUGGUGGGCUUGUUCUGAGGGUUUAACUCCCUGUGCUCACGGUCAGGUUAUAAACAGAACUGGGGGCUUCUGUGUGCUGGCUCAGCUACUCCCUAGAAUCAUCUACCAUUCAGAUGAGCGGGUACUUCAGUGGAAGGGCGCAGAUACCCACGGGCGAAAUAAAAGGGAGCCCAUCUCCGCUAUCACCAUCACCUCCCUACUGGGAAUUGGAUUGGCUGGCGCAGGGACGGGUAUUGCCUCACUAGCCAUCCAGGCCUCCCACUACAGUAGCCUUAGAGCUGCCAUUGAUAUAGACCUAGAAUGCAUAGAAACCUCCAUUUCCCACCUCCAAGAAUCCCUAAUGUCUUUGUCUGAACUGGUGCUCCAAAAUAGGAGGGGAUUAGACCUAGUUUUUCUACAACAAGGAGGAGUCUGCGCUUCCCUGAACGACGAGUGCUUUUUCUACACUGACCACUCAGAGAUAGUAUGAGAAUCAAUGGCUAAGGUAAGGGAAGGAUUAGCCAAGCGAAAACGAGAGCGAGAGCAGCAACAGGGAUGGUUUGAAUCAUGGUUCAAUCAUUCUCCCUGGCUGACUACCUUAUUGUCCUCCCUAGCCGGUCCCCUGAUCAUCCUUCUCCUCCUUCUGACCUUUGGGCCCUGCCUCAUUAAUAGACUAGUGGCUUUUGUCAGGGACCUAGUCAACACAGUUCAACUCAUGGUACUCAGGCAACAAUACCAACCACUGACUCUCUCGACAGAAACCCAGAACCCAUGAUUGGGUCCUGCAUAGUAUCCUCUGAAAAAGGGGGGAAUGUGGGACCCAAGGAAUUUAACAAAAAUCCCCUACCCCUGGACAAGCAGGCAAGACUAACUCCAUUUUGUGCUACACCCACCAUGUCAUGUGUAACCCCCACAUGACCUACUUAUUGCUUAAGACACUCCCCCACCCUAGUCAAGCCGCUGAGCACACCCUUACUGGAAACCGGCUCAUAUAGGAAUGCAGAACCCUUAACCGCCAAAGAAUGUAAACUCCACCUUUUGCCCGCCAAACUUGCGCGCCAAUUCUGACCAGUGAUGGUUUAGUUCAGUUACUAUAGGGUAAAUUGUAAUUCAGUUGGCCACCUGCAUGUGGACUGACAAGACUAUGCAACUUUCUGUGUGUGUUACAAUCUCAUUGGCCACUGGCCCCUAUAAAACAGCUACGCCUUUUAAUCUAGGGGUCCAAGUCCCUGCUCCUCUGUGUCAGGUAUACUUGGGCCCAAGCUCGAGCUUGCAAAUAAACCCUUGUGCGUUUGUAUCGGUA